ACCCUUUCGAACACCACGAGGUUUGUUUACACUAGAGUCAGCUGAUCACAACCACUCCCACAGUUCCUAGUACUUACAUUGCAGAGAAAUGAGUGGUGUACAAGGCAUCAUUGUUUGUGGAGAAGCCUCAGAAUCAGAUGAGGAGGAGGAAUUUUGUGCAGCAACAGCAAGAGGACACAGAGGUCUGACUCAGAAAUCAGGAGGAUCCACAGACACAAAGGGUCAGCAUAAGCCCCCAGAACCAAAGCACGCGCAAAAGCAACAACGACCUCAGCAACCGCAGAAGAAAGGCCAUCAGUCUCUGUUGCAUCAAAAACUAUGGGAAGCUAAUGCAUCAAUGGAGAAGAACAUUGCCAAGGCAGUAUGUGGACCCCUGACCACAGAAACCACCCGAAUAUCACGUUUGAUCGCCUCCCUACCUGCUGCUCAGAAUUCAACUCUCACUGCCCAUGCAGCACUCACUAAUGCUGCAAGGAACCUCUCGAAUUCCCACUUUUUAUUGGCCGCUAUCAACUGUAAUCCUCUAGCAUCUCUUAAAUCCCCUUAAUCCCUUCUUCUUCUUGUUUUUUUUUUUGUUUUUUCCUUUUUCCUUUUCUUCUUGGACUAGUUGUUUCAUGUGUUAGUUUUGUUUUUCUCUCUCUAUCUAGCUGUCUAGUCUUGGCAGAUUUUCUGCUUGAAAUACUGAAUACUGAUCUUCAUGGACUGUAAUUAGUCAAAUGUAAUUAUUUACAUGUUUUAUUACUCUUUUCUAUUAGAGGAUAAAGCAAUAACUUUUUCACUACAGAGUUGUUAUUUGUAUUUCAUUGAAUUUAUAUUAAACCUUUUGCUUUUAGAAAUAAUGAGAUCUUAUUGAAGGAGGGGUUAUUUUUCACUCCUUUUCUUGCAUGGUCAUAAAAUCUGCAAAUGUGAUAUUUAUGUACUCUUAUGUUUUAAGUAUUUACUUUAUGUAUUUCUUUAUUAUAAUUAAUUACUUUAAGUAUGAAUAGCCAAAAAUAAAAGAAAAAGAAUAUAAUGCAGUUGCAUAUAAUGCAACUAAGACCACCUGCUUUCUUACUUUCUUGUGUUAUAUAUAAAUAAAUGGAUUUAUAUUUCUAGGUUUCAUAAUAAAAAUAGAUAGUUGUC